AGAGACAGUGGCAGAUAACAGGAGAGAGAGAGAGAGAGAGAGAGAGAGCGAGAGAGAGAGUCAGAUUAGUGAACUGAAGCUGAAAAAAGAAGCAGAAUUUGUCUCCUCGGAUUUCUCCGGAUGAUUUAUUUCCUUUCUUGCACUUUUCCCCGUCUGUUGGAUGUAAUAAAUCGAUAAUCGAUCAGCGGCUUCAGACAUCAAAGGAGCGUGUUCGUCCUGAUCGAUCGGCUGCAAUGUGCAUUAGUAGUUUGUGAAAGAGAAGAAGGGAAAGUGAUCGAUUAGAGAUGAUGAUCUGGAGCUGAGAGCAGCAGCGAGAUGUACGAGGACAGAAACAAAAGUUCUGGUCGUAACGGCUACACCAAAACAGUGGAUGGGGAUGAGGGAGGAGGUGAGGGUGAGGAGGAGGAGGAGGAGGAGGGAGGAGAAGGGGAUGGAGGAGGAGAAGAAGGAGGAGGAGGAGGAGGAGGAGGAGAGGAGAGGGAUGAGGAGUGGGACGAAGAGCUGGAUGGAGAAGACCAGGGAGGAGUGAGAAUGACGAGAACCGACACGCUUCACUCGACCACGAGUUCAACCGGAACGCAGAGGAGGAGAGGACAACACGCUAAGAAACAGGUACAGGGCAGUAAUCAGGUCCAGCGAGCUCCCAGAGCGUUAUACUGUCUGAAACUCAACAAUCCAAUCAGAAGAGCCGCUCUCUCCAUCGUGGAGUGGAAACCGUUUGAUAUCUUCAUCCUGUUAGCCAUCUUUGCUAACUGUGUCGCUCUGGGAGUCUCCAAACCGUUUCCUGAGGACGACUCCAACUCCACCAACCACGACCUGGAACAAGUGGAGUACAUCUUCCUCAUCAUCUUCACUGUGGAGACCUUCCUGAAGAUCCUGGCCUAUGGUCUGGUGAUGCACCCGAGUUCCUACAUCCGCAACGGCUGGAACCUGCUGGACUUCGUCAUCGUCAUCGUCGGGUUAUUCAGCGUCGUCUUGGAGACGAUGACUCAUAAAUCUGGUGAGCAGGCGACCAAUCAUCAUGUGCCGGGGAAACCUGGAGGUCUAGACGUCAAAGCUCUGAGGGCCUUCAGAGUCCUGCGGCCCCUCAGACUGGUUUCGGGAGUUCCCAGUCUGCAGAUUGUGUUGAACUCCAUCAUGAAGGCAAUGGUUCCUCUGCUCCACAUCGCUCUGCUGGUUCUCUUCGUCAUCAUCAUCUACGCCAUCAUCGGUCUGGAGCUCUUCAUAGGACGCAUGCACAAGACCUGCUACCACAUAGGAACAGAUAAUUACGUGGAAGACGACCCGGUGCCGUGUGCAUUUGCGGGUCACGGUCGGCAGUGUGUGAUUAACGGCUCAGAGUGUCGGGGGAGAUGGGACGGUCCAAACGGAGGAAUCACCAACUUUGACAACUUCUUCUUUGCCAUGUUGACCGUGUUCCAGUGCAUCACGAUGGAGGGAUGGACCGACGUACUCUACUGGAUGAAUGACGCCAUCGGGUUCGAGCUGCCCUGGGUUUAUUUCGUCAGUCUGGUGAUCUUCGGCUCGUUCUUCGUUCUCAACCUGGUUCUGGGAGUCCUCAGCGGAGAGUUCAGUAAGGAGAGGGAGAAGGCGAAGGCUCGGGGAGACUUCCAGAAGCUGAGGGAGAAGCAGCAGAUGGAGGAAGAUCUGUGUGGGUACAUGGACUGGAUCACUCAGGCUGAGGACAUGGACGAACUGGACGAGGACGGAAACCCACGUCCGUCUCUGGGCGAUCUGUCUGAUAAGAAGAGGGGGAAGUUCGGAUGGUUCAGUCACUCCAAUGAGACUCAUGCGAGUCUUCCCGCCAGUGAAACAGCGUCUGAAAACACCGUAAACAUCGACGAGGAACACACCAACUGCUGCCAGGCCUGCUGCUCUCGGAUGAUGAAGAUCAGCUGCUGUCGUACGUUGCGUCGCUGGAACCGAGUCUGUCGCAGGAACUGUCGCACUGCUGUGAAAUCGGUGACGUUCUAUUGGCUCGUUCUGCUGCUCGUCUUCCUCAACACGUCCCUCAGCGCCUCCGAGCACUACGACCAACCUGAUUGGCUGACGCAGGUUCAAGACAUCGCCAACAAGGUGCUGCUGUCUCUGUUCACGGUGGAGAUGCUGUUGAAGAUGUACAGUCUGGGUCUGGCUCAUUACUUCGUGGCGUUCUUCAACCGCUUCGACUGCUUCGUGGUGUGCGGCGGCAUCGUGGAGACGAUCCUGGUGGAGCUGGAGAUCAUGCCUCCUCUGGGGAUCUCCGUGCUGCGCUGCGUCCGCCUGCUCAGGAUCUUCAAGGUGACACGCCAUUGGACGGCUCUGUCCAAUCUGGUGGCGUCCCUGUUGAACUCCAUGAAGUCCAUCGCCUCCCUGCUGCUGCUGCUGUUCCUCUUCCUCAUCAUCUUCGCUCUGCUCGGCAUGCAGCUGUUUGGAGGGAAGUUCAACUUCGACGAGACGCAGACCAAACGCAGCACCUUCGACGCCUUCCCGCAGGCGCUGCUCACCUGCUUCCAGAUCCUGACGGGUGAAGACUGGAACGUGGUGAUGUACGACGGCAUCAUGGCGUACGGCGGCCCCGUGUUUCCAGGGAUGAUCGUCUGCGUUUACUUCGUCAUCCUCUUCAUCUGCGGUAACUACAUCCUGCUGAACGUCUUCUUGGCCAUUGCUGUGGACAACCUGGCAGGGGGAGACGGAGACGACAAGAGUAAAGAGAAGAAGACGGAGGGAGCGGAGGAGGAGGAGGAGGAGGAGGAGGAGGAGGAGGAGGAGGCUGAAGAGGAAGAAGUGAAGGUUGACAUCGAUGGAGACACCGAGUACGAGGAGGAAGAGGAGCUCCCUGAAGGAGAGGAAGAUGGAGGAGUCCAGCUAAAGAUGGCCGACCUGGCUCCUCCUAAAGAGAAGAUUCUUCCAAUCCCAGAAGGCAGUGCGUUCUUCUGCCUGAGCAAGACAAACCCUAUUCGUGUGGCCUGUCACACUCUGAUCCACCACCACAUCUUCACCAACCUCAUCCUCGUCUUCAUCAUCCUCAGCAGCUGCUCAUUGGCUGCUGAGGAUCCAAUCAGAGCCCACUCCUUCAGGAACAACAUUCUGGGUUAUGCAGACUACGCCUUCACCUCCAUCUUCACUGUGGAGAUUCUGUUAAAGAUGACCGUCCACGGAGCGUUCCUCCACCAGGGCUCGUUCUGCAGAAACUGGUUUAACUUGUUGGAUCUGCUGGUCGUCAGCGUCUCACUGGUCUCCUUCUUCCUUCACUCCAGUGCAAUCUCUGUGGUGAAGAUCCUCAGAGUACUCCGGGUGCUCCGACCUCUGAGAGCCAUCAACAGAGCCAAAGGACUUAAGCAUGUGGUCCAGUGUGUGUUCGUGGCCAUUAGGACGAUCGGAAACAUCAUGAUCGUCACAACUCUGCUACAGUUCAUGUUCGCCUGCAUCGGAGUCCAACUCUUCAAGGGUAAAUUUUAUCGCUGCACAGACGAGGCCAAAAACACUCCUGAACAGUGCAAAGGGACCUUUGUGGUGUAUAAAGACGGAGACGUGAGCCAUCCGAUGGUCAGAGAGAGAAUCUGGCUGAACAGCGAAUUUAACUUUGACAACGUGUUGAUGGGGAUGAUGGCACUCUUCACCGUGUCCACCUUUGAGGGUUGGCCCGCGCUGCUGUAUAAAGCCAUUGAUGCUAACGGGGAGAACUCUGGUCCCAUCUACAACUACCGAGUGGAGAUCUCAAUCUUCUUCAUCGUCUACAUCAUCAUCAUCGCUUUCUUCAUGAUGAACAUCUUCGUGGGUUUCGUCAUCAUCACCUUCAGGGAGCAGGGAGAGCAGGAGUACAAGAACUGUGAGCUGGACAAGAACCAGAGGCAGUGUGUGGAGUACGCUCUGAAGGCUCAGCCACUGAAACUUUACAUCCCAAAGAAUCCAGUUCAGUAUAAGUUCUGGUCCAUCAUUAACUCCACAGGAUUCGAGUAUGUCAUGUUCGUCCUCAUCCUGCUCAACACCGUAACUCUGGCUGUUCAGCAUUAUGAACAGUCCAAAACCUUUAGCCAUGUCAUGGACAUCCUCAACAUGGUGUUUACUGGACUCUUCACUGUGGAGAUGCUGCUUAAGCUGCUCGCUCUCAGACUCAGGCAUUACUUUAUAGACGCCUGGAACUCGUUCGAUGCUCUCAUUGUGGUCGGCAGUGUUGUCGACAUUGUCGUCACCGAGUUCAGUAGUGGGGAAGACAGCUCUCGGGUGUCGAUCACCUUCUUCCGUCUGUUUCGAGUGAUGCGAUUGGUCAAGCUGCUGAGUAAAGGCGAGGGUAUUCGUACACUGCUGUGGACAUUCAUCAAAUCACUACAGGCUCUGCCGUACGUCGCUCUGCUCAUCGCCAUGAUCUUCUUCAUCUACGCCGUCAUCGGGAUGCAGACGUUUGGAAAGGUCGCGAUGCAGGAUCACACUCAGAUCAACAGGAACAACAACUUCCAGACAUUUCCACAGGCUGUUCUCCUCCUCUUCAGGUGUGCUACAGGUGAGGCGUGGCAGGAGAUCAUGUUGGCGAGCCUUCCGGGUAAACGCUGCGACCCUGAGUCCGACUAUGAACCGGGAGAGGAGUUCAGCUGCGGCAGCAACUUCGCCAUUGUUUACUUCAUUAGCUUCUUCAUGCUGUGUGCUUUCCUGAUCAUUAACCUGUUUGUCGCCGUCAUCAUGGACAACUUUGACUAUCUGACACGUGAUUGGUCGAUUCUGGGGCCGCAUCAUUUGGAUGAGUUUAAGAGGAUCUGGUCUGAAUAUGAUCCAGAGGCCAAGGGUCGUAUCAAACAUCUAGACGUUGUGGCUCUGCUCAGGAGGAUUCAGCCUCCUCUGGGUUUUGGGAAGCUCUGUCCUCACCGAGUGGCCUGUAAGCGUCUGGUGGCGAUGAACAUGCCUCUGAACGCUGACGGGAUGGUGACGUUCAACGCCACGCUCUUUGCUUUGGUUCGCACCGCCCUCAAGAUCAAGACCGAAGGUAACCCUGACCAGGAGAACGAGGAGCUGAGGGUGAUCAUCAAGAAGAUCUGGAAGAGAAUGAAACCAAAACUACUGGACGAAGUAAUACCACCACAUGAAGAGGAGGAAGUGACUGUGGGGAAGUUCUAUGCGACCUUCCUGAUCCAGGAUUACUUCAGGAAGUUCAGGAAGAGGAAAGAAAAAGGAGACCUGACGGGAGAGUCUGACACUACCAACCCCUCGGCUGUCCAGUUGUGUAAAGCCGGUCUGAAGACUCUGCAGGAUCUGGGUCCAGAGAUGCGCCUGGCUCUGAACGAGGACCUGGAGGAGGACGAGGAGGAGGUUAUGAUGGAGGAGGAAGAGAUGGAGGAGAACGCUGCGUACAAGGGUGAAAAUGGUUUUGGACCAGACAAAGACAGACGAGGCUCCAUACUGACCACGCCUACAGGUCCUGGUGGCGUUGUUGGGGACGGCGGUGUGUCUAACGGGGGUCUCGUCCACCGGGUCGGUUCUCUCACUAAGAUGCCCAACGGCAGUGAACACGAUGAACAUCUUCGCCGCGGAGACAACACGAGGUCAUCUAUCAAUCAUCACCAUCCCCGCCGGCCGUCAGUUAAGAACGGCCUGUUGGACCACGCCCACAAGAGACCGUCGUAUUACAAACAUGGAAGGAGGGACUCGAGGGACAGAUACUGGAGGAACGGAGACAUGGAGGCGUACGGAGAGCAAGGUUACUACAGCAGAGAGGAAGACAACGACAGCAUCACCUCCAGAGACAGACAUUACCCCGACGAGCCUCCUCUGUACAGAGACCACUACGAUGGCCACGCCCCCUACACCAACAGUGGCUAUGGUAACGGCUACAGCGAGGGAAGGAGGACAACCCGGCGACGCCUACUUCCUGCCACACCCACAGGUCGGAAGCCGUCUUUUAACAUCCAGUGUCUGAGGAGGCAGGGCAGCAGCGACGACCUGCCGAUCCCCGGGACGUACCACCCCACCUCGCCGCCACGCCGCACGUGCACACAGCAGACGUUCAGCAGUUAUGAGUCUCGCCACUCUUCCGGUCACUCCUCAGCAGCCUCCUCAGCGUCCUGGGCGAACCCGUGUCCUCGCCGUGGUCGCCUCCUCUAUGCUCCCCUCAUCCUGGUGGAGGAGGAAGGCAGCCCUCCCUGGGGAGGAGGAGGGGCAGGAGGAGGAGGAGGAGGAGGAGGAGGAGGAGGAGGAGAAUUGAAGAAGGGAGGAGCAGGAAGAGGUGUCAGUGUGACAGGCGCAGCACCCAGACCGGCCUGGUACAGAGGCCCUGCAGGGACAUCAGCUCCGCCUCCGUACAGAGCGUACACCACCCUCAGAGUUCCCUCGCAGCUCGGCGCCCAGCUCACUGAGAAACGUGGCUCAGCCGACAGUCUGGUGGAGGCGGUUCUGAUCUCCGAGGGUCUCGGCCUUUACGCUCGGGAUCCAAAGUUUGUAGCGUUCGCCAAGCGGGAGAUCGCUGAUGCGUGUCACAUGACGGUGGACGAGAUGGAGUCGGCCGCCAGUGACCUCCUCGGCACGGGGAGCCACGGGUUCCUCAGCAACGCCCCGGCUGACCCCGCUGCGCUCUACAGCGACGAGGAGCCAAUCAGGACAGGGCGAGACGAGGACGAGCUGGCCGACGAGAUGACCUGCGUGACAUCAUUCUGAUGGACUGAAGCUCUGGACCAAUCAGGAAUGAGACAGACUGGCAACAGUGAUUGAUAAGACAUUUGACCAAUCAGAUGACGGGACAGGAAAAGGGAAAAGCGAGAGAAUAAAGGAUAAAGGUCAUAAUGGAGGUUUUUCUGUUGUCAUUUCAUGGACUGAGAUGAUCAGAGGAAAGAAGGAAGGAAGGAUAGUCUCUAGAAGAAGAAGUGAAAAACCGAUGGAAGAUAGCAGAGUGUAACUCAUUGCUGAUGUCGUCACGGUGACGUGUCUUGUCAGCUUGUUGCCGUGGUGACACUGCUAAGCUGCACAGAAUCACACUUUACCCACAAUGCACUGAUGAGAGUGUUACAGGUUGUCAUUUCAAGUGUCUCGCUUUUACUAGCUAAACAAAGAUCAGCAUUACGCUAGUUAGCUUAGGAUGCAAACUGUUUCCUCUGCCUGAAAAUAUAGCACUUAACAGCAAGCUAACUAAAUGCUAUAUUUCUACGGCCACUCACUCAACAGUGUUAGCUUGUAUUGAUCUUUACCAGUAGCUAACUUUGCUACAUCAAAUGCGAUAAAAUGCUAACUAGUAGCACAGUAACCUGUGUAGUGGUAGCUGUGUAUCAUUAGCACAGGCUCAGAACUAAUAGCACAACCUACUAACUGCUAACCUAAUGCUCAACUCAGUCAGCAUCAUUAGCUUGUGUUGAGGCUUUUAUCAAACCUAGCUACUUUGAAUUACACCAACUAAUAGCACAGUAUCCUGUGUAGUGUUAGCUGUGUAGCGUUAGCUCAGAGCUAACAGCAGGAAAUAGACACUGGUAGCUAACCAUAGGGAGGAAUUAGCAGGCAGUUGUUUUAUUCAGAUACAGUUAGCAGUAGCCCUGACGGUACCUGACCCGAUUGGUACUGAGCAUGUGCAAAGGAAACAGGAUCUCUCACUAGUUAGCUACUUCAAUUAUCAGCUCUGGAAAAAUUAUAUUUAGUGUAAAACUUCCUCUCAGCAUUAGCUAAAGUAGCAUUAAUAGCUCAACAAAACUUUGGUGCCACUUUUGCUAAUGUUUGUAUCUGAAAACUGUUCUUCUUUGGGAUCGUUGCGGUCUUAGAGGAUUUCACUUGCACUGUGCAGCGAGCUAACUAAAUGCAUCAACGGGCACUGACAGUUAGCUCAUUUAUUUAUACACUGUGUGAUUUUAUUCAAGUUAGCAUUACCUCUAGCAGGCAGCUAGCCUCACUACAUCGGAAGUGACAACAACUUAAGCUGUGUGACACUAAUUAGCCUCGCUAAUGAAUAUUAGCCAGCUACGUUGCUUGCAUGUUAGCUGUAGUUUUCUUUUAGUCCAAAAGCCGUUUUUUUCUUUUACUGUUGCAAUAAUCGCUGACUACGAGCAACUACGAGUUUUCUAUUAUCCGUUUAUCUUGUUUGCACGUGACGUCACGUCGCUGCGUUCCUGUGGCAAACUCCAGAUGGCGGACAGGAAGUGAUUGUAUACGUUGGAAGCACUGUCACAAACUCUCUGAAUGCUCAAAUCGAUCAAACCGGGAAACCACAACAAGCUUUUAUAUAGAGAAGUUGUUGUUCUUAAGGAGGAAAAAACGUCUUGUGAGUUUGUCUGUGGAAGCAAACGUAGCCUAUUUCAUAAUCUAUAUCCGUUUAAGCUUUAUUUAUUUACACCACAUUAUUGAUGUCAAUUAGUUUGCUAAAUUAGCUAGCAUUUUACUAAUGUUAGCUUUCAGAUGUAACCAGCUAAUUAACUAUUUAUGUAAAUUAGCUAGUGUUUAGCUAACUUUAGCUUUCAGAUGUACCUAGUUAGCUAAUGAUGGAUGUUGAUUAGCUAGCUGGUGUUUUUAUCUGAAGCAAAACUAGCAAUUGAUAUAGACUAGUUAGCUCGUUUGCUAGCAAGAAAUUGACAAAGAACGCCGGAAAAGAUGCAAGUUCUUCUGUGGAAGCAAACGUAGCCCAUUUAAAAAAAUUCUAUUAGUUUAAGCUAUAUUUAAACUAUUGUAUAUAUUUAUAAUAUUUCCGGCACUUCACCUCGCUGUCAGACAGCUCUUUCUGACGAGGAACUGAAGCUGCUCUCUUCAACGCCAUCAGACUCACAAAACAGUCCUCUGGUCCACCGCUGCCUCGACCUGCAGCCGCUAACGUUAGUUCGGAUCCAAAUUAAAGUGUUAAACCACCAAAGUCACACAAUGACACAAAACUCUGUUACAGCUAAUGUUAGAUAGGCUAAUCUAUGUUGAAAAUACAACCACAUUUUGAAGAUGGUUAAAAUAUAAAAGAGACGUAUAUAUAGUCACACUAACAUUAUCAGAUGUAACGAGGUAACUAAUGGUCGAUGUAAAUUAGCUAGCUAAAGUCAGAUAAAAGAGACGUACCGGAUAUUCAGCUAGCUCAACCCUGGAAACCAGUUUGUGACCAACAAGUUGACCGAUAUCGAACUCCAGAACGCAGCCGAUAACAAACGUCUUCCUGAUGUGAAGUCUGCUCCCUGCUGAAGGUUGUUGAGGUUCAGUGUGAUCUGUCAGCUUCAGUCUGAUGAGUUUUAUAUGACUGCUGAUGAUGUGUGGAGGAUUAUAUUCUCAGAUUUUAUUAAUGUGUAUUUUUAUUCUCAUAAAUGAACUGAAAAGACUUUCUGUUUUUUAUUGGACUGCGGAGUGUUUGUUCAGUGUGUUCAGCUUUUCUUUUUUUAAAUGUUUUUUAUUCGUUCUGACAGUUUGUUAAUCAGACAGUCCGGUGGUGUUUCUGUCUCGUCUUAAUUUUUGUGUCUUCUUUUAGUUUUUCCUUCCUGCAGUUUGGACAGUUUCCCAGCAGUUAAGGGCUUUUUGAUUCCACGCCUGGAUUCCCCAGAAACCUCCUCCUAAGACGCUGAGAACUCGUUUGCGUUCAGCUGAGAAACACAAACUCUGUCUGAACCCUCGUUUACCUCAAAUAAACAAUGGAAACAA